UGUUUUUGUGGGAUUGUAUAUUUCUGUUUCUGCUGCGACACAUUCCAUGUGUCCCUUUUUUUGUCGCGUUUAAGCCAGGCUUUGCAAUUUGAUGAUGUGGAAUGUUCAUUGCCUACCUAGUAGGUACAUGUUUACCUUGGCUGUGGUUUCCGACUCCCUUGACCGUAAGAUCUCGCAAUGCAAUCCCUGAGACUCGACAAAAACCUGCCGGGUGCUCUCCAAUCGACCUGCACGACAGUAGACCCGAUUCACCAACAUCCCACAUCAUGAAAUAUUACCCUCGUGCACGCAUUUUCGGCGCGUUCACACUGCUGGUUGCAAAAACAAGCGCAAACAACAUCAACGACGAUAAAUCGAAUGGCUCGCCGUCAGACUCCAAAUUUACGCGAGACAGCACCACACCGUGGCCAUGCCCAUACUACCACGAAAUGACCUUCAGCGACCACCAAUCAAUCCAAUACACAGUCUACUGUGAAAGCCUCAUCCUCGGUUAAAUCAUCACCGCCUUCUCCCGAUCCAACAUCGACAUGUGGCGCUGCAUGCUCGAAUGCGAUUCGCUCGCCGCCUGUAACGCCGUGACUCUGCAACCGGGUCGAUGUACUCUGCAUUCGCAGUCUCCGGAUCCGCUAGUACCCUCCAAUUGGAACAUCGUCGCGAUCAAAAUCAGCCGGGGAUUUUCGCCGAUACCGACUUUCGUUUUCGAGCCAACUACAG